AGGGGGUCACAGUCCGCUUCUGCCCCAAGAGUGCUGGAGGGCAGACUGGAGACCGUGUCAGGGCGCCUGGAGGGUGCGGGUCUGGGCACCCCUAGUUCCCCGCCCUGGGCCAGCCCCGGCUGCGGGCGCUUCCCGGGGCUCCCGGGCGGUCUGGGGCCCCGGGAUGCCGGAGCACAGAAGGGUCGUCUGGUGAGUUGCAGACACAAACAAGGGGGCGACCGCGCAGCCGGCAGCUGAGGUGACGGGGCUGCGGGGUCAGGGACUGGUGGGCGCAGGGGAACUGGGCCCCGAGGCAGAUCCGGGGCGUGAUCUCGAGGGGGCGCGCCCGGGCGGGGCGGGGCCGGGCGCGCGGGGCGGGGUCCCUAUAAAGCCGGCUCCGGGCCGCUGUGACGCACUGCCCUCCUCGCCGCCGCCCGAGCGCACUGGGUGUCCCGCGCUCCACCGACAUGAAGACGCCGGGCGAAGUGCUGCGCGAGGGCGAGCUGGAGAAGCGCAGCGACAGCCUCUUCCAGCUGUGGAAGAAGAAGCGCGGCGUGCUCACGCCGGACUGCCUGAGCCUGUUCCCGGCCGGCCCCGGCGCGCGCCCCAAGGAGCUGCGCUUCCACUCCAUCCUCAAGGUGGACUGCGUGGAGCGCACGGGCAAGUACGUCUACUUCACCAUCGUCACCACCGACCGCAAGGAGAUCGACUUCCGCUGCGCGGGCGAGAGCUGCUGGAACGCGGCCAUCACGCUGGCGCUCAUCGACUUCCAGAACCGCCGCGCCCUGCAGGACGUCCGCAGCCGCCGGGAGCGCGCCGCGCCCGCCGCGGCCCCGGAGCCCCGGACAGCCCGUGCGCCCUGAGCCCGCCACGGAGCCCCACACUGACGAGUCGGGCCGGGUCCGAGCCGCUGACAGGAGCCCAGGACGUGCCGGGAAUGGCCGGACCCCCUCCUCCCACGGACCGCGGCGGGAGGACUGAGGCGGGGGUUGCGUCCCUGCCCCGCAGAAGGGGACCUUCCCUUGCGGAGCCGCUGAACCCUGCCCCCGCUGCGCGGGCGCGUUAAAUUAUUGGAUUAUCUAUGUAUUUAUUUUGGUGGUUAUUUGUCGUCAAACUGUAUGUCUUAAUAUUUUGUUUUUGCAUCUGCCAUUCCGAAUAAACUACUGGACCUGCUCUUUUUUCUA